GCGUAAUGUUUGGGAGGUGUUUUAAACACACACACUUUUCUCUGGUGAACUUCUUGCUUGAUAGCCGUAGUUUAGUAACGUUAUGACUAUUUUGUUCUUCAGUGUUGCUUUUUGAUUCACUUAUCAGGUUAAGUCCAUUUCACAUGCCUUUGGAGUCAUCAGUUCUAAUUUUAGCAUGUGCUUUUCUGUUUUAUAAAACAGAAGGUGAUUAUAAUUAUAUUCACCAUCACAUUCUACUUUUCAUGCUCUUUAAAAACACAAUGUAUCUUCCGUGUAGAUGCUUAGGUUUUAUCGGCUGAUAACUUUAUCAAACGCUAGUCAUUCUAGGUUGUGAUGAAAGGCUCAGUAAUUAAUUACUAUUAUAUGAUAGUGAUUGUAAUUACUAUCAGUGGAUGUAAUAAGUGGAACGUUUUGUUAUGGAACAGGAAUAGUGGUGUAAAACCAUCUACAAGAGAUCUAGAAAAUAAAUUUUAGAGAUUCCUUAUGUUUAUACUAAAUGUGUAAAACUGCGCUGGUUCGACGACAGUUUGUUCCUCACCAGUGAACUGGAGAAGCCUUAAUGAAUUAUAUCUCGUGUGAGAGUAAGGCAUAUGAUAAUUUUAGACGACAGUCAACUUGCUUACUUGAGGUUACAAAUGGUGUUUCCUAAGUUUGUGUGGCAAUUUAUUUACAAUUUUUAGCUAAAUUUUUGCAAGGAUCAUAAUACGUGCAGUUUUAUGAAAUUGGCUUGGCAAACACCGGAUGCACUUUUAUUGCUGAUGAAAAAGGAAGAGCUACACCAACUAAUUGGUAUUGACGUAGUUAGGUCACUGUCUACAACAGACACGGAAACCUCUAUAUCCUGGUGAUGACUGAUUAUAUCAACAAGUGGUGCAAAUCUGUUCCUAUCACACAACAAAUUACCCCAUGCAUUACAUAAGCCUACAUCAACCACUGAGCUUCUCUCUACAUAACUCUUUCUUAUGAUCUCUAAUAGCAAACUAACAUACAAAUUUAAAAUAACAUGAAUAUAAAUGAAAAAUCUUGUUUUCAUCUGGGUUCCGAACCCGUUAUAUUUUCACCUCCUGGCUUAUCGGCCCGCUCUGUAACGACAAUAGCAAUCUGAUUUGAACCAGUGUCCGCUAGCUCACAUGAAAUGUCUGCUGGACGAUGGGUUCGUCAGCUCUCCUUUCCUUUAUUGCUUUGACGGAUACUUAUUUACUGCAUUACAUUAAGAGACAUCGUACUCCUAAAAUUCUUUCAUCUGUCACACGGACUUUAGAGUUGAUAGGUUACUAGUGAGGAACUUUAACCUAUCAAAUUUCAGUUUUGAUCAUCAGAUUUUGUUAGUCUGUUGUUUGAAUUACCUCUAUUCAUUGCUAGGAAAUAUAAUUUCAUUAUAUUUUCCGACUGUUUCGUUGGUUUACUUCUUCUCUCAUUUCCUUCCUUUUUUAAAUUUCCCCACAAGCCCUUUCUCCAUAUAAAAUAUCACAAGACUAGACGCAACUCGCUACUGAUUUGCAUUUCACCGGGAAAGGUACUUCUGAGAUAAUUACAAUUAUCUGGCCGAGUUAAACACUAUUAAUUACUAAGUAAAAUUUUUAUUUUGUAUACAUGUUACCCGUCCCCCCAUCUCAUGAAAAAGGCACACCAAGCUGGUCAUCACUUAAACGCAAAUCAUGGCUUCAUCCAAAUUCUUUAAACUAUGCACGAGAAAAUGUUUAUGAUAGUCAUUUGCUGAAAACCAAGAAAGUAGCUGAACAUGAACCUAUGUUAUUGCCCAGUUGUCUUCCUUAUUCAUGUGUCCCACCAGUUAGGAUACUUAAAAUGGAAACCCAAAAUACUACUGAAUAUCAAUUUCCUCUUAUCUUGUAUAAUAAUGAAAUGCUAAAAGAAAAUUUCAUAUCACCUGUAAACAAACAUUUAUAUUUGCCUAAAAAUAUUAAAAUAAGAAAGAAAUUAACAUCAAUGAAUAAUAUUCAAUUAUUAAAACUCCCGGCAAAUUGUUCAAUAUUACCAUGGGAAUAUAAUAGUAAUAAUAAUAAUAGUAAUAUAAAUAAACUACUAUCUUUAGAUGAAAUUAAAUCCCUGACUAAAUUCAAUUCAAAAACAAUGAAAAAAUUUAAACAACAAAAUGCUGUAAAAUUAAAUUUAUUAAAAAGUCAUUUCUUAGCAAAUGAAUAUGAUUUACAAAACAAGUCCAAUAUAUAUCAAUUAUUAAAAUUACAUCAAAAUAAUUUUACUACUAAUUUUCAAUUAAGUAGUAAUGUUAAACUAUUACAAUUACCACAUUUAUAUCAUUCAAUUGAAAGACAAUUUCCUGAUCAUAAAACUGAUAAUAAAAUUUCUAGCAAUGACAAUAUAACUUCAAGAGAAGCAUACCACUCAAAUUUAAAAAAAACUAAAGACUGUAAAUCAACAUCAAAUGAAUAUACAUUACAAAUAUUAACAUAUCCAAUGAAUAAUGAAGAACAGCCUACGUUAAAUGAUAUUUCAUGGGUAUUGGAAACAACUAAGGAAAAUAUUAAACCUAUUUCUGUGGAAAAUUUUAACGUACCACAAUGUAAAUUUGAUUCUCCUAUUCAAAAUGAUAAAAAAUCUUAUAAUGAUUGUGGAGUUCAAUUUAAUUUUGUUGAUUAUGGUGAACCUAAUACUCAAAUUGGUUGCAAUACAUUUACUAACUGUAAGAAUGCAGCAUGGCCUUCAGAUUGUGUUGAACAACUGUUGUCCAAUGAUAUUGCACAUGUUACUAAACAAUUUCUAAGUAUACAUACAUCUGACCUGAUAGAUUGGAAUAAUGAAGAUAAAUGUAUUGUACCAUAUGUUCCAUUACACAUUAAUACAUCCAAUAUUUAUGAACAAAAUCAUUGUAAUCUUAUUACACAUGUGAAUGCACCAGAUAACAAACAACCAAUAGAAAUGAAUAAUACAAUUAGUCCAUCAAAUAUUGUACAUAAUCAAACAUCGUUAAUAACAAGAUCACAAAUAAAAACUGUAACAACAACGACAACAACAACAACGACGACAACAACAACGAUAACGAACAAUUCUGCUGAGAAUAAACCAGAAUUAUUAAUCAGUGAUUUAGUUACUGCAAAAAUGUUACAAAAUUCCAAUAUAACAAAUCAAGAUAAUAAACAAUCAAUAAAUAAUGAAAUCACAUCAUUAUUAUCAUGUAAUAAACAAGCAUCAAGUUAUUUUCCCUUAGAUGUAGUAAAAGCAUUAAGUGAAAUUGAUAAUCGUUUAAAUGUGAUUGAUCAAGUUUCAGUUCAACUAGAACAAGAUCAUAAACGUAAUCAAGAACUUCUUGAAACAAUUAUUCAAAUGAAUAAAGAACAAAGCCAAGUUAAUCCAUCUAUUCAGUUAGAUGAACCAAACAAAAGUGAGGCAACUUCUCAACAACAAAAACUACAAUUACCUGAUGAAUUAAAUUUGAAAGGCGACCAGUUACAUAAUCAAAGACUAAUUGAAAGUAAAAUUAAUCCUAAUGUCCAAAAUCAACGACAUGAUUGUACAAUUGUAAAACAACAAAUUAAAUCGUCUAAACCAAAUGAAAGAUCACAUUCAAACACUGGUCAUAAUACUGAUGAACGUGAAAAACUUAGAAAAGAAAGACGAGAAGUCUCAAUGACACGUCGUUGUAAUGAAGCUAAACAGUUUGUCAAUGAAAUUUUGUCAGAUAGUAUUUUACCAAAACAGUCAUCACCAUUGUUGGAUCAACCAAUCAUUCCAAAACGUUCAAAUACUCCCAUAAAAAGAGGUCGAAGUCAAACUCACAGUCGUGGUACAUUAAGAGUUCUAAAUCAACGUAGUUUUAAAAACAAUUACAUUAUUCCGUCCAGUCCAAAGCCGCCUACCCCUGUUCGCUUUCAUUGUAACGGAAGAAGUGGAGUUACAGCUAGAGGAGCACGUAACAUCUCAGGAACCAGAAGACAACAAACAAAAAUUGUACAAAAGUCAUCUGUAGUAAAUCAUCCACAUCCUGAUACACCAAAACAACUAACUUAUGAAGAUGACUUACAGACAACAAUUUUAAGCGACUGGUCCCUAGAAAGUAAUGUGAAAAGAAUACUCUAUGGAGAUGAAAAAGAUAGAUUUUGCACUUCAUCUAGGCCACAAAGUGCCAGUGGGAUUUCUAAUUUUGAUCAGGAGUCACAAAUUCCACAAAGUCCACAUUCCAUGCCAGAAACCGAUCUCCUUACUGAAAUAGGUGGCGUUCCAAGCACCAGCUUUAUUGAUUGGGAUGAGAUCGAUGAACUGAUUGGUGAUUUAUAACAAUAUAUUGGACCGAACUUUUUAAACUUACUAUGUAUCUUUAUAAUUUUUUCUUCAGUAAAAAAUAAUGCUCAUAACAAAAA